CUCAGCACCUGUUUAUUGUUUUCUUUAUUUCCCUUUAUUUUUCUGGUACCAACUUGCAAUCAGCACGCCUUUGCAAUUUUUUUAUUCAUACACAACCCAAAAAGGCGCAUUAUAAUUUCUGACAAACCCACACACUUUUCUGUUCAAAAAUAUAUUGCUGAGCACGAGUCUAUACUUAUUUUUUUCCCUAUUAGAUACUUUUACCCUCUACUAUCUAUCUAUCUUUUCAACACUUUUCAACACUUUACUAAAUCCAUAACUCGCUUUUUCUUGGAAAAUGUCGGAUGACAGCGUGAAUGUCAACACUAUUAUUCAGCGACUCCUGGAAGUCCGCGGCUCUCGACCCGGCAAGGAGGUGCAGUUGAGCGAGAAUGAGAUCCACUGGCUCUGCACGACAGCGCGCGAGAUCUUCAUCAGCCAGCCGGUUCUGCUCGAGCUCGAGGCUCCGAUCAAAAUCUGCGGUGAUAUCCAUGGACAGUACUACGAUCUGCUGCGGCUGUUCGAAUAUGGCGGCUUCCCGCCCGAGGCCAACUACUUGUUCCUGGGCGACUACGUCGAUCGCGGAAAGCAGUCUCUGGAGACAAUAUGCCUACUACUGGCAUACAAGAUCAAGUACCGCGAGAACUUUUUCAUUCUGCGCGGUAACCACGAGUCGGCCUGCAUUAACCGCAUCUAUGGCUUCUAUGAUGAAUGCAAGCGGAGAUACAACAUCAAGCUGUGGAAGACGUUUACGGACUGUUUCAACUGCCUGCCCAUUGCGGCCAUUGUCGACGAAAAGAUCUUUUCGAUGCACGGCGGUCUCUCGCCCGAUCUGAUCAGCAUGGACCAGAUCAAGCGCAUUAUGCGCCCGACAGACGUUCCCGACACCGGUCUCUUGUGCGACCUGCUGUGGUCCGACCCUGACAAGGAGAUCACUGGAUGGAGCGAAAACGAUCGCGGAGUGUCUUUCACUUUUGGCCCUGAUAUUGUAUACAAAUUCCUGCAAAAGCACGACCUGGACCUGGUCUGCCGUGCUCACCAAGUCGUCGAGGACGGCUACGAGUUCUUUGCCAAGCGCAAAUUGGUUACUCUGUUCUCUGCGCCCAACUACUGCGGCGAAUUCGAUAAUGCUGGCGCCAUGAUGUCCGUCGAUGAUACGCUGAUGUGCUCAUUCCAAAUCCUAAAGCCCGCGGAGAAGAAGACCCGGGGCAACCGACGUCGCUGAGCUGACCUCUUCAAAUUUUUAUUGUUGCUAGAGAGAAAAGGGAAGAAAUCACUUGUUUGGCCAACAAGGCUGCCUGCUCGUUCACGCGCUUGCCGAUACUCGGAUCGUUGAGAGGAGCCGAUCAACAGGGUCUUUUGUUGCCCCAAUAUCUUUUUUCUUUCCUACGCACGCUCACUUGUCUUUCCUUCUUUUAUCAUUUUAUACCUUUCUUUUCUUUUUUAUUCUGUUUGUACUGGUUUGUCAGUAUUGAAAUCAACAUAAUAAACUUGUUUUCUCUACA